AUAUCGUAUUUCAAGAAAAAAGAUGACGACUUUAGAAAGAAAGAAUGGGAUAAUUAACAUAGCCUACAACAGUAUCGGAGAGCAGCUACAUACCCCUACCAAAGAAAACGUCUCCUACGACACUGGAGCUCCACCCAGCCCUGAUGAAACCCCGGCAGAGGCGCCACCAGGGGAGGGUAACUCUGGCGAAUCUAGCGCAGACGCCGUUGACGAGCUCCAGCAACAUCUGGGCGGCUACGGGCGCUACCAGAUCCUGGUCUUCUUUUUGCUGAGUCUGACCUACAUGAGGGGUGGUUGGCAUGUGUGGAUACCCAUAUAUCAGACGUGGGAGCCCGCCUACCACUGUCAAGCUGCCCCGGGACUCGGCCUGAACGAUUCUGUCCCCUGGGACCUACAAGAUGGCGCUGUGGUCUACAGCACGUGCGAGCAGUACGUCAACAAGUCGGUCAGCAACGCCACCACCGCGUGCACGAACGGUUGGGUCUACAUGUGGGACUCGCCCUACACAUCCAUUGUUUCUCAGUUUGAUCUGGUGUGUGACCACACCUACCAAAACGGGCUGACCACAACCCUGUACAUGGUCGGGACAACCUGUGGGGUCAUCUUCCUCACCCCCCUGGCUGACAGGUUCGGCUCCAAGACGGUCAUGCUCGUGUGUCUGUGGGUACAGGCUGUCUUCGCUACCUGUCUCAUCUGGGCCGGGAACAUCGUUGUCUUCUGUGUCUUCAAGUUCUUUAUUGGUAUGUGUAACAUGACCGUGGCCCUUUGUGUGUUUGUCCUCAUGUCGGAGACCUUCGAUGCCACCCACAGGGCAGUGCCCACCAUCGCCAUGCAGUUUUUCUGGGCAGUGGGCAUCAUGAGCAUGGCACUGCUCGGCUACCUCAUCCCCAGGUGGGAGGAUCUGGAACUGACCAUCGCUCUCCCGUUUAACAUCCUGUCACUGGCGUAUAUUUUCAUCAUCCCCAACUCCCUGCCCUGGCUCCUGGCUAAGGGUAAAGUGAGCGAGGCCGAGUCUGUCAUCAACAAGUUCACCAGAAUCAACAGACUGCCCGCUGUACCAGACCUCCAGAAUAAACUUGCCAAAUUUAAACGGGAGAAAUCAAAGGAACCAGCCAGCAAACUCUCCCGGGAACAAACAAACCCAGCUUUCUCUAACACAACUGAGAACGGAACUGACGCCAUGAAGAAGCCCGCGCAUGACAACGAAAUACAAAUAGAAAAGGAAAAAGUCCACCAUACGGGGAGUCAAGCAGAUCAAGCCACAGAUCAAGCCGUGUAUACGGUGUUAACUUUGUUUAAAACACCCAGACUGAGGAUCCAUUCAUUGAUCAUGUUUUAUUUAUUUCUGGUAAAUGCCCUGGCAUAUUUUGGCAUCAUGUACAGCACACCUGAGCUGAACGGUGAUCGUUUCUUCAACCUCUUCCUUCUCGGCGUUGUGGAGAUUCCCGCCUACAUCAUCUGUAUCUUCUCCAACAAAAUUAUCGGCCGACGGCGGUCCAUUAGCAUAUUUUUGUUUAUUUGUGCCGUUACAAACCUGGCGGUUAUUUUUAUACCCGAUGAAUCAGCUGACGGUACUGACCUGAAGAAACUGAAAACGGCUUUGGUGAUCAUUGGGAAGUUCGGCAUCACCGGGUCCUACUCCGCCAUCUACCUGUACGCUUCUGAGGUGUUUCCCACCGUCAUCAGAAACCAAGCAGUCGGAGCAUCAUCAUUUUUUGAAAACAUCGGCAGCAUAGCCGCCCCCAAUAUGGUAUAUGUGAAUAACAGUCUCAAUAAUUUACCACUGGGGAUCUUUGGAGGCAUGACUAUUCUUGGGUGCGGGCUGGUGUUGCUUCUUCCAGAAACCCACAACCACCCCCUCCCGCAGACGAUAGAUGACGUAGAAAAGAGCGCAACAAGGGCGGCAACUACGGACACACAACAGUAGCUGGAUUAGCCUCGGGAAGCGUCAUAUUCAUCUCACACGGUUAACUUCAAAUCAUUUCAGUUGUUAUAACAAAACUAUAUGCAGGUUUAGUAUGCUAUACAUAGGUUAAUAUCCUUCAUAAAAACUAAUUCUUAUUUCUAGUUAAGUAGCCUAACAAAAUUACUACAUACAAUAAAUUGUAUAUAUGUUAAUUCAUGUGUUUAAAGAUGGAACAUUUAUAUGCAACUCAUUUUAAACCAUAUAGAUCUAGGCUAGGCCUAUUUAUUACAGUUUCAUUUGCUCGUUAAAACAUAAAUUAUCAGGAAUGAUUUACAUUUUCAUUAAUGGAGAACAUGGCACGUGAUUUUCACAUUGUAAUAAUAAUUAAUACCCGACUAUUUUGUUUGUAAACAUUAUACUUAUAUGUUUUUGUUAUUCUAUGUACUUUUAAAUUUGAAAUAAAACAAUUUUUUAUGCAUUUCA